UUUGUUGAAGAUUUAUAUAUCGGGAUUUAUCUCAUGGCAGACUCAUAUAAUGAUCACCAAGCUAAUAGAGACUUGGUUAGAAGGCUGAUCAGAAAUAAGGAUCAAGAAGACUGUCGGUAUAAGGGUGAUGACCGUUAUCCUGAGGACGAUGAUGAUGAUUAUGAUGACUCCAGAGAAAGAUAUGGUUAUCGGAGAGGUCAUGGAUCACAGGACAAUUAUCCAAGAGAUGACCUUGAUGGCAGAGAUUUUAACGAGUUACGAGACGCGAGGGAUGCGAAUAAUUCGAGAUUAAGCGAUGUUAGAGACGGGGAACGUUUAGAAUCUUCGAAAGAUUCAAGAAUCAGUAUGAGGGAAUCAGAAUCUUCUAGAGAAGUACAAGAAGGUAGAGAUUCAAGGCGUGGCUGGGACGGUAAGCAGGGAAGCGCUCGGAAUGAUGGCGAUGACGUGGAGAGAUUUGAAUGCGCGAAUCGUAAUUCAGCGGGGGAUGGCCGAGAAGGGGACGGUUAUAAAAACCAAGCGCCUAACAACACCAUUAUGAUCCGGGGCUUGGCACAGCACAUCACAGAGAAUGAUAUUCGACAAGAUAUCCUGAGAUGCGGUCUGAUGCCGAAAGAUAUUCGACUCAUAAGAAAGAAAGAUACCGGCGCGUCACGUGGUUUCGCUUUCGUCGAAUUUAGCACUCUUCAGGAAGCCUCGCGGUGGAUGGAAAUGAAGCAGGGGGUGUUGAUGCUUCAGGAACAUUAUAGAGCCGUGAUGCAUUUCAGUAUUCCGAAGGAUUCUCACGUUGAUAGAUCAUCGUUGAAGUCGAGCCAAGAUUGGCAUUGUAUUAAAUGUGGCGCUCAUAACUUUAAGAGAAGGGACGCUUGCUUUAAGUGUCGCGCGUCUCGACAGGAAUCCGAAGGUGGGGAAGGCAGCGGAGAGAUCAGUUUUCAUCCGACAACUACAGUUUUAUUACGAGGGUUGGAUGUUCUGUCUACCGUAGAUUCGGUUUCGCAAGCGGUUAAAUCGGUCUCGGCCGUUCCCGUUCACAGUAUCCGUAUCGGUCGAGAUUCUCUCACGAACACUUCGAGAGGUGUUUGUUAUUUAGAGAUGAACCAUAUUAUGGACGCUAUUUAUAUGCAUAACGCCCUAAUAGCGACACCGCCGAUCGUGGACGGCAGGAAAGUCCUUGUAUCGUAUUGUAAAUCGCAGCGUGACGUGUCUGGCGUUUGUAGUUCAAUGAGUGGCCGUUCAGUGACUGUCGCUGCAGCAGUUAAAGCUGGGAUUGACGUGGGAGUGGCUCAGCUCGGACAUAUCCGCCAUUCCACAAGUGAAGACCUGACUAAAUAUAGUUUAGAAGACGUUCCUCGGCUGGCUGAUUAUUGUGCUUCGUUAUACGCGGUGUCGCCCGCUGAAUAUACCGCGUAUCAACAGUAUUAUCGACAAUAUUACCAAACUCAGAUAUCACAAGGUAGUUCCGUGACGUCACAGACGCAGGCGGAUUGCGUAAAUGCUGCAGCCGCCGUAGCUCAAUCCGCGAUUCAGCAAGUGCAGGCCGCGAAGGAGAUAAAGAAACACGUCGAAGACCCUCACGUACUCAAGCAAGGCGAGAAAUUGUUGUAUGACGCGCUGAAGACGGUGCAGACGAAUUCUUCUCCGGAGAAAGACAAGUGCGCAGACGCGGCUGGCGAAGUUGCGCAGACAGAUGUCGCUAACGUGCCAGAUGUUAGCGCUUACCAGUACGAUGAGACAUCUGGCUAUUAUUACGACCCGCGUACCGGGCUCUAUUACGACGCGAGUUCUCAAUAUUUUUAUAAUCCCCAGACACAACAAUUUUUGUAUUGGGAUUCAGACAAACAAUCUUAUCUUCCCGCUCCGAUAUCAUCAGCUGAUUCUAGCGUCAAUAAAGACGAAGGUAAGAACGUUAAAGAGAAGGAAAGACAAGAAAAAGUCAAAGUAGCUAAGAAAAUAGCGAAGGAUAUGGAACGAUGGGCUAAGACUUUGAAUCAGAAGAAAGAUAUCGCUCGUCAGAAUCUAGCUCUUGAUUCUGCCGUGCAGUCUUCUAGAUCAAUUGGCGCUGCUGAUGCAGGAUACGCGGUUCUCGAGCGGAAGGAACGACCAGUUCUGGAUUUUCAGACUGUCGUUUUUUUUUAGAGGAGGGGAGGGGGGUCCCCAUCGCUGGGUGACGGUGGUAACGCGUGCGGUUUGGUUCCGGCUUACGGUGGCGGUAGCGAGAGUGACGAGGAGAUAGAAGACGUAAUUCAAGAAGACAGACAACAUACAAAUUGGUCGAAACUUGCGUGUUUGUUGUGUAAGAGGCAGUUUCCUACAAAGGAGUCUUUGAUAAGGCAUCAGCAGUUCUCGGAUUUACACAAACAGAAUUUGGAAAAAUGGUAUCGUGUCCGAGGUCUAGAUCCGAAUGACCCUCAACAGAGAAACAAGAAGUAUCGAGAUCGAGCUAAGGAACGACGUCAGAAAUUUGGGGAACCAAAUCAGCAGCAUCCGAAUCAUCUGAAAGAAAAAUAUUUGAAGACAAAAGAAGACGCGGUUUCCGUAUCGUACGAAGAGCCUACAAAGUCAGGGAUCGGAUCGGAUAACGUCGGUAAUAGGUUGUUACAGAAAAUGGGUUGGCAAGAAGGAAUGGGUUUGGGGAAAUCUAACCAAGGAAGAACUUCGGUAAUUCAGACGGAACAUCGCGUAAACACGGCGGGACUCGGUGCUAGAGGAGGGAGUUACGGGGCACUUCCGGGGGAAACUUACAAAGAUUGCGUGAAGAAGAUGAUGUUUGCGCGGUAUCAAGAGCUUACCGAACAGGAACAUGACAGCUGACACUGCUAAAAAAAAAAAAAAAAAAAAAACUGGCUCGAAGUUUGUAAAGUAUACGCAGAUUUUGUUAGGAGAGUUCUAAUGUACUAUGAACGAGAACGUAUGGGUUUUUAUUUUUCUUCUUUAAUUAAUGAAAAACAAUUUACUUUAAAUGAGCUUUAUCCUAAUCUCUUUUUUUAUUUCAUUUCACAGUCGAGUGUAAUUUUUUACUUCGAUAUUUCUGCCAGUUUUCACACACAAAAAAUAAUUACGAUGUGCUUCUGUUAAAUGAAUUUCCAACAGCCUGCGCUUAUAAUCGGCGUUUCGUGUUGUUAUUGUAUUUAUUACAGAUGUUGGGCAGAAUUGUGGGAAAAAAAAUAAUCAUAAAUAUCUUUAUCAGCAUAAAAAAAUAUUUCGUAUUCAUGUAUGUGUUCUGCAUUUGUAACAACCUUUCCUUUUAACAGCCUUUGAAAUCAUAAGUUUAUCUUCCUUAAAACAGUUGAAGACCAAAGGUAAUUAAAUGUACACCCGAUGCAAAAAUAAUAAUAAUAAUAAAUAAAUAAAAAAAAUGGA